UUGACUGAAGGAGAAAAAUAUCUUUAUGACAAAUUGCAUUCGAAAUUUCAACCCACUAAGUUACAGGUGGAAGAUAUUUCAGGAGGGUGUGGAUCAAUGUACGCGAUCGAAAUUUCUUCAAAGGCAUUUAAGGGACUCUCUGUGAUCAAACAACACCGUCUAGUUAAUGAUCUG